AUGUCUGCAACACCACCGCAAUUGAAGGAGAUUGUUGGCUGGGUUUUCGAACACGAACACGGCGACUGGCGUUGCGAAGACUGCAGUGUCUUCACCAAGCUGAUUUCAUUUCAGCGCUCCUGGCUUGGCGCACUUUACGACUCCGCGACAGUUGAUCCCUGCUCCUACAACCGCCUUGCCGAGAAAGACGUACAACACCCCGCAAUUGCUGAGAGCACCAUGUCGCGGAACCGGGACUACUCGCAGCCGGGCUCCAACGGGGGAUACACCAAUGGCUACGGCAACGGAGGCUACGGCGAUGAUGGUGGUGGGCGGCCGAGUGGUGAGCGCAGGCAGCGGCCAGGCGGCUACGGUGGCAUGGGUGCGCCGCCUGACGACGACCGACGACGACCCAGCAAUGACCGCCAACGUCGCCCUCCCGGUUACGGAGGCAUGGGUGCACCCCAAGACGACUACGGACGGCGUCCAAGUGGUGAAAGCCAGCGAGAACGACGGCCCGGAGGCUAUGGAGGUUUCACUAGAAGGGAAGAUGAAUACGCCAGGCCGCAGAGCGGAGGACGCGAUCGCAGGCCAGGUGGCUAUGGCGGUCUCCAGCAACAGGAAGAGGACGGGCCCGAGGUCACGCGACCCACGAGUCUGGAGCGCUCACGAGCGAACAGGCGGAGCGGCGAGCGGCAGACAGGCAGCAGAGGAGCCAACAACUACGGCUCAGGCAGCCAGCGCAUCGAAGACGUGCUGCAGUACAUUCGCCAGAACUGGGACUUUAUGACCCAGGACCAGUGCGUUCCUAUCGAAGUCGCCCUGAAGCUCAUGGACUCGAGCUCGCUUGGUCUGGCCAGCCAGUAUGGCCAGUUCAAAACGACGCACAGGGAGCUGCAACAGGCUUUAAAAGCCAUUGUGAACGCCAAGCCUGAACUCAAAGAAUUCGCGACUGCGUCCCAAAACUACGAUGGAAUGCUGCAAAUGCUCAAUGCUAUUGAGGAGCUCCAGCUUGUGCCUGAGCAGCUCGAGGCACGCAUAUCAGAGAAGCGUUUUCUGACUGCGGUAGACAUACUCCAAAAGGCUCUCUUGAUGAUCAGAAAGACGGAAAUGGAGAAAAUCGGGGCUCUCAACGAUCUGCGCACAUAUCUUAGCAAUCAAGAAGUCUCCCUGACAGACAUUCUCAUUGAAGAACUUCACAGCCAUCUGUACCUCAAAUCGCCAUACUGCGAGGAUCGAUGGAAAGAAUAUGCACAAAACCAAAUGAAAGGCGGCAUAUCUGAGCGCACUCAGACGGACGCUCGAGGAAGGCUGUUGUAUUACUUCCUCGAUGGUCUCGACCUCUCCGAGCCAAUGACAGAUGAUUCUACACACAAUCCCGAGACAGAUACGUUUCAAUACAUCCGGCUCAUCGUCGAGUCAUUGAAUAAGAUGAACCGUCUUGAGGUGGCGGUCAAUACCAUUGAGCAACGACUGCCUGUGGAACUGUUCAAAGUUGUCGACAAGUCGAACAAUGAAGUCGCCCAAAGACACCCCAGCAUACUACGAGCUCAUGCCUCGAAGAAAGGUGGCAAGGCCAAGACUGGUAUCGAAAGCGACGAAGUCCGGUCCAUGCUUCUCAACGACCUGUUAUGGACUCUAUACGCUCGAUUUGAGGCCAUAGCUGAAAGUCACCGAGCCGUGCACGACGUAGUAGCUGGUAUUGUUCGCAGAGAGGGGCUGCGGGAUUCUUCAAGCGCCGCAUUAACACGGGGGUUCAAAGAGCUGUGGAAGCUCUACCAAAGCGAGAUUCGGUCGUUGUUGCAUGAUUAUUUAGCGACUGAUGGUGAUGCUUUGUACCGCACCGGACAAGGUCAGACAUCUGCCGGAAGCGUCUUUUCGCGAGCUCCUCGUGACAAGACGAAACGCAUGUUCAAGCUCUCUGACAUGAACACGAAGUCGCCUGACAUCGCGCAAGAGCGGGAGGACCUCGAAUUCAUCCUGAAAUCAUCGGUGCCUGGUCUUGUAUCUGAUUCCAAGAAGUCUGAGAACAGGGUGGCUGAGACCAGCACCAAUCUUGAUGGUAGCGCAACUGGGCACAAGCUACUGGUUGAGCCUAGUGUUUUCAACAUGGGAAUACUGCUGCCACCCUCACUCGACUUCUUGAACAGGUUGAAGGAGGUGGUGCCGCCAAAUUCAGACAUCGUGAUGAGCACAUUAACGUCGUUUCUCGAUGACUUCCUAGUCAAUGUGUUUCAACCGCAACUUGAUGAGACGCUCGCCGAGAUGUCAUCGCAGACUUUCAUCGAGCUCGAUUCGUUCAGUGAAGACCCGCACUGGGAACAGCACGCAAAGAAGCCAAUAUUCAAGUGUAACGGUUGGUACAAAGCACUUGUCACGCGCUCGCAGCCUGCUACAUCUGGUAGACGUCUGAAAGCACCAGCUGCAUGGUCAGAGUCUGAAGAGAUGGAAAGAUUGGUAUCGCAAAUCCUCCAAUCAGAUCCUUCCGACAGCGAGAACUUCAAUCAGCUUGUCGAGAACGAGAUCAGCCUUCUUCUGCAGGUUGUCAGUGAAGAGCCACUGGAUCAGGCAGAUAUGCUUCAAGACAAGAAAAGCGUUAUCAACCUAUGCCUGCUGUACACCAGUAUGAAAUGGCUGGCUACGAAGGCAGCACAAUUACGGCACAUCAGUGAUAGAGCCACAAACUCUGGUGGUGGCGAAUCGUCCAAAGACAGGCAUACGCAACGAUGGACCCUGCUCACUUCAUCCGAACCACGAGCAGAAGGUACACACGUCUAUCUCCCACUCAACCGCGAGACCGUGAGCGAAUUCGAUCAGGUCGUCUCGUCCUACCAAUCCCUCAGCACCCGCAUACUACGCACCCUCCACUUGACCAUUCGCAGCACCAUCCUCCAUGCGCUAUCCACCUCUCUACAACCCAACCUCUUCAUCGACACGCCACUCAACGACCCAUCCCCCAUCAUCCUCGCCUUGAACUCAACCCUAGUCAAUUUCGACACAGAAGUAUCUCGCUACUCCCCCCAAGCAACAUACACCCGCAUGACACACGGCCUCGCCAACCUAAUGGACACCUACCUCCUCUCCCUCUGCACAAGCCGCAUCGCGCGCAUGAACACAAACGGCUGCGCACACAUGCAACUCAAUAUCCUCGUGCUGCAGCAAAACCUCAAGAACGUUGAAGAAGGCGCCGAACUGCCCAACGCAGCGCUCUUUUUCGACCUCUUCACCGCUGGCCCCGACGCCAUCGUCGCGCGGGCGAAGCAGCAUGGUAAAGACUUCGGCGUGCCUGGCGGCAUGCUGAAUGAGUCCAGCGUGAAGAAGUUGCUGGAGAUGACGUAUGAGGAAAGAUUGACUGGAGAUAAUAGGGAGAGUAGCGUGAGUGCGAAAAGGCAGUUGGACGCGCAGCUUUUGGAGAUUAGUGAGUUUAUGUAUUAA